AGCAAAGUUCCUGGAAGGAGCAGCAGCAGCAGCAGCAGCAGUAGCCCCACAACAUGGCCUCUUCGUCCUCCUCUCUAGCUGGAGCGGAGAGCACCCCUCCUGCGCAGGGUGACUACUAUUCACGAAGCUCUGGAAAGUCUGAUGCCAACGCAAGUUACUUGAGAGCAGCUCGAGCUGGACACUUAGAAAAGGCCCUUGACUACAUAAAAAACGGAGUUGAUAUCAACAUUUGCAAUCAGAAUGGGUUGAACGCUCUCCAUCUUGCUUCCAAAGAAGGCCAUGUAGAAGUUGUUUCUGAGCUACUACAGAGAGAAGCCAAUGUGGAUGCAGCUACAAAGAAAGGAAACACAGCAUUACACAUAGCAUCGUUGGCAGGACAAGCGGAAGUAGUAAAGGUUUUGGUUACAAAUGGAGCCAACGUCAAUGCUCAAUCUCAGAAUGGUUUCACCCCACUGUAUAUGGCAGCCCAGGAAAACCACCUGGAGGUUGUCAAGUUUCUCCUUGACAAUGGUGCAAGCCAGAGCCUGGCCACAGAGGAUGGCUUCACACCGUUGGCAGUAGCUUUGCAACAAGGUCAUGAUCAAGUAGUUUCACUCUUGCUAGAAAAUGACACAAAAGGAAAAGUGCGUCUCCCAGCUCUUCAUAUUGCUGCCCGAAAAGAUGACACGAAAGCUGCCGCCCUGCUGCUGCAGAACGACAACAACGCAGAUGUGGAGUCCAAGAGUGGCUUCACUCCGCUCCACAUAGCUGCUCACUAUGGAAAUAUCAAUGUAGCCACUUUGCUGUUAAACCGAGCGGCGGCUGUGGAUUUCACUGCAAGGAAUGACAUCACUCCUUUGCACGUUGCAUCAAAACGAGGAAAUGCCAAUAUGGUGAAACUAUUGCUCGAUCGAGGAGCUAAAAUUGAUGCCAAAACGAGGGAUGGUCUGACGCCGCUACACUGUGGAGCAAGGAGUGGUCAUGAGCAGGUGGUGGAGAUGCUGCUUGAUCGAGCUGCCCCCAUUCUUUCAAAAACCAAGAAUGGAUUGUCUCCAUUGCAUAUGGCCACACAAGGGGAUCAUCUAAACUGUGUCCAGCUUCUCCUCCAGCAUAACGUGCCUGUGGACGACGUCACCAAUGAUUACCUAACCGCCCUGCAUGUGGCUGCCCACUGUGGCCAUUAUAAAGUUGCCAAGGUUCUCUUGGACAAGAAAGCUAAUCCCAAUGCCAAAGCCCUGAAUGGCUUCACCCCUCUUCAUAUUGCCUGCAAGAAGAAUCGAAUUAAAGUAAUGGAACUCCUUCUGAAACACGGUGCAUCCAUCCAAGCUGUAACCGAGUCGGGCCUUACCCCAAUCCAUGUUGCCGCCUUCAUGGGGCAUGUAAAUAUCGUAUCACAACUAAUGCAUCAUGGAGCCUCACCAAACACCACCAAUGUGAGAGGAGAAACAGCACUGCACAUGGCAGCUCGAUCAGGCCAAGCUGAAGUUGUGCGGUAUCUGGUACAAGACGGAGCUCAGGUAGAAGCUAAAGCUAAGGAUGACCAAACCCCACUCCACAUUUCAGCCAGACUGGGGAAGGCAGAUAUAGUACAACAGCUGCUGCAGCAAGGAGCAUCCCCAAAUGCAGCCACAACUUCUGGGUACACCCCACUUCAUCUUGCAGCCCGAGAGGGGCAUGAGGACGUAGCCGCAUUCCUUUUGGAUCAUGGCGCAUCUCUAUCUAUAACAACAAAGAAAGGAUUUACUCCCCUUCAUGUGGCAGCAAAAUAUGGGAAACUUGAAGUAGCCAACCUCCUGCUACAGAAAAGUGCAUCUCCUGAUGCUGCUGGGAAGAGCGGACUAACUCCACUGCAUGUAGCUGCACAUUACGAUAACCAGAAAGUGGCCCUUCUGCUUUUGGACCAAGGAGCCUCACCUCAUGCGGCUGCAAAGAAUGGUUAUACGCCACUGCACAUCGCUGCCAAAAAGAACCAGAUGGACAUAGCGACAACCCUGCUGGAGUAUGGUGCUGAUGCAAACGCGGUUACCCGGCAAGGAAUUGCUUCCGUCCAUCUUGCAGCUCAGGAAGGACACGUGGACAUGGUGUCGCUACUCCUCAGCAGAAAUGCUAACGUGAACCUGAGCAAUAAGAGUGGCCUGACCCCGCUCCAUUUGGCUGCUCAAGAAGACAGGGUGAAUGUGGCCGAAGUCCUCGUAAACCAAGGGGCACAUAUAGAUGCUCAGACAAAGAUGGGAUACACACCACUGCAUGUGGGCUGCCACUAUGGAAACAUCAAGAUCGUUAAUUUCCUGCUCCAGCAUUCUGCAAAAGUUAAUGCCAAAACAAAGAAUGGGUACACGCCAUUACAUCAAGCCGCUCAACAGGGACACACACAUAUAAUCAACGUGUUGCUUCAGAACAAUGCCUCCCCCAAUGAACUCACUGUGAAUGGAAACACUGCCCUGGCCAUUGCACAACGCCUUGGCUACAUCUCAGUGGUCGACACCCUGAAGGUAGUGACUGAAGAGACCGUGAUGACAACUCAGACCAUCACAGAGAAACACAAAAUGAAUGUUCCAGAAACAAUGAAUGAAGUUCUUGAUAUGUCUGACGAUGAAGGUGAAGAUGCAAUGACAGGGGACACAGACAAGUAUCUGGGGCCACAGGACCUUAAGGAGCUGGGUGAUGACUCCCUGCCCGCAGAGGGCUACAUGGGCUUCAGCCUUGGAGCCCGUUCGGCCAGCCUCCGCUCCUUCAGUUCGGAUAGGUCUUACACUUUGAACAGAAGCUCCUAUGCUCGGGACAGCAUGAUGAUUGAAGAACUCCUUGUGCCAUCCAAAGAGCAGCAUCUAACAUUCACAAGAGAAUUUGAUUCAGAUUCUCUUAGACAUUACAGCUGGGCUGCAGACACCUUGGACAAUGUCAAUCUUGUCUCAAGCCCUGUUCAUUCUGGGUUUCUGGUUAGCUUUAUGGUGGACGCACGAGGUGGCUCCAUGAGAGGAAGCCGUCACCAUGGGAUGAGAAUCAUCAUUCCUCCACGCAAGUGUACAGCUCCCACCCGAAUCACCUGCCGUUUGGUAAAGAGACAUAAACUGGCCAACCCACCCCCCAUGGUGGAAGGAGAGGGAUUAGCCAGUAGGCUGGUAGAAAUGGGUCCCGCAGGGGCACAAUUUUUAGGCCCUGUCAUAGUGGAAAUCCCUCACUUUGGGUCAAUGAGAGGAAAAGAGAGAGAACUCAUUGUUCUUCGAAGUGAAAACGGCGAAACAUGGAAGGAGCAUCAGUUUGACAGUAAAAAUGAAGAUUUAACCGAAUUACUUAAUGGCAUGGAUGAAGAACUUGAUAGCCCAGAGGAGUUAGGGAAAAAGCGUAUCUGCAGGAUUAUUACUAAGGAUUUCCCCCAGUAUUUUGCCGUCGUUUCACGGAUCAAGCAGGAAAGCAACCAGAUCGGUCCUGAAGGUGGAAUUCUGAGCAGUACCACAGUGCCCCUUGUCCAGGCAUCUUUCCCAGAGGGUGCCUUAACCAAAAGAAUUCGAGUGGGCCUCCAGGCCCAGCCUGUUCCAGAUGAAAUUGUGAAAAAGAUUCUUGGAAACAAAGCAACAUUUAGUCCAAUCGUCACUGUGGAACCAAGAAGAAGGAAAUUCCAUAAACCAAUCACAAUGACCAUUCCAGUGCCUCCACCUUCAGGAGAAGGCGUAGCCAAUGGGUACAAGGGGGACACCACACCCAAUCUGCGCCUUCUCUGUAGCAUUACAGGGGGCACCUCACCUGCUCAGUGGGAAGACAUCACAGGAACGACUCCUUUGACGUUUAUAAAGGAUUGUGUCUCCUUUACAACCAAUGUUUCAGCCAGGUUUUGGCUUGCAGACUGCCAUCAAGUUUUAGAAACUGUUGGAUUAGCCACGCAACUGUAUAGAGAAUUAAUAUGUGUACCAUAUAUGGCCAAGUUUGUUGUUUUUGCCAAAAUGAACGAUCCUGUGGAAUCCUCCCUGAGAUGUUUCUGCAUGACAGAUGACAAAGUGGACAAAACUUUAGAGCAGCAAGAGAAUUUUGAGGAAGUUGCAAGAAGCAAAGAUAUUGAGGUUCUGGAAGGAAAACCUAUCUAUGUUGAUUGUUACGGAAAUCUGGCCCCACUUACCAAAGGAGGACAGCAACUUGUUUUUAACUUUUAUUCUUUCAAAGAAAAUAGACUGCCAUUUUCCAUCAAAAUUAGAGACACUAGCCAAGAGCCCUGUGGUCGUCUGUCUUUUCUGAAAGAACCAAAGACAACAAAAGGAUUGCCUCAAACAGCUGUUUGCAACUUAAAUAUCACUCUGCCAGCACAUAAAAAGACCGAGAAAACAGAUAGACGGCAGAGUUUUGCGUCUUUAGCUUUACGUAAGCGCUACAGCUACUUGACUGAACCUGGAAUGAGUCCACAGAGUCCAUGUGAACGGACAGAUAUCAGGAUGGCAAUAGUAGCCGAUCACCUGGGACUUAGUUGGACAGAACUGGCAAGGGAAUUGAAUUUUUCCGUGGAUGAAAUCAAUCAAAUACGCGUGGAAAACCCUAAUUCUUUAAUUUCUCAAAGCUUCAUGUUAUUAAAAAAAUGGGUUACCAGAGAUGGAAAAAAUGCUACAACUGAUGCCUUAACUGCAGUCUUGACAAAAAUUAAUCGAAUAGAUAUAGUGACUCUGCUGGAAGGCCCAAUAUUUGAUUAUGGAAACAUUUCAGGCACCAGGAGUUUUGCAGAUGAGAACAAUGUUUUCCAUGACCCUGUUGAUGGUUAUCCUUCCCUUCAAGUGGAACUGGAAACCCCCACAGGGUUACACUACAUACCACCCACCCCUUUUCAGCAAGAUGAUUAUUUUAGUGAUCUCUCUAGCAUAGAGUCUCCCCUUAGAACCCCCAGUAGACUGAGUGAUGGGCUAGUGCCUUCCCAGGGAAACACAGAGCAUUCAGCAGAUGGACCUCCAGUUGUAACUGCUGAAGACACUUCUGUAGAAGACAGCAAACUGGAAGAUUCAGUGCCUUUAACAGAAAUGCCUGGAGCAAUGGAUGUAGAUGAGAGCCAUUUGGAGGAUGUAUGUCUGAGUGAGUAUCCUCAAUACCUUGGAAGUUUGGCUGGGGUCCCAAAAGAUGUUAAGCCAGCAGAACCAUUGAAACAGCAUAGAAAAGUAGGAGUAAGCUCUGAGCAGCAGGAGAAAGAAAAAUCUGGUCCUGAUGAGGAGAUGACGGAAGAAAAAUUCAAAUGUCUAUUUGAGGACAUUCAACUUGAAGAAGGAGUUGAGUCUGAGGAGAUGACAGAAGAAAAAGUACAGGCUAUUCUUAAACGUGUUCAGCAAGCAGAACGGGAAAUGUCUUCAAUUACAGGUUGGCAGAACGAGACAUCAAGUGGAAACCUAGAGUCCCUUGCUCAAGCUCGGAGAGUAACUGGUGGGUUACUAGAUCGACUGGAUGACAGCCCUGACCAGUGCAGGGAUUCGAUUACCUCAUAUCUCAAAGGAGAGCAUGGAAAAUUUGAAGCAAAUGGAAGCCAUGCAGAAGCCACUUCAGAAGCAAAGACAAAAUCUUACUUUUCAGAAUCCCAAAAUGAUAUAGGAAAACAGAGUGCUAAGGAAACUCUGAAACCAAAAACGCAUGUAUCUGGUCGUGUUGAGGAACCACCAUCACCACUAGCGGCAUAUCAGAAAUCUCUGGAAGAAAGCAGCAAGCUUGUAAUAGAAGAGCCUAAACCCUGUGUGCCUGUCAGUAUGAAAAAGAUGAGUAGGACUGCUCCUGCAGAUGGCAAGCCACGCCUCAACCUCCAUGAAGAAGAGGGGUCCAGUGGGUCUGAGCAAAAGCAGGGAGAAGGUUAUAAGGUGAAGAUGAAGAAAGAAAUCCGGCAUGUGGAAAAGAAGAGCCACUCAUAACAGCGAACGGUCAGUCAAGGAUCAUGUGUUUUUACUGCCAGUAUUGAGAAAUUUAUGGAAGAAAUGUCAGCGGGAAGUAAAAAUUCAUCGAGAAGGGUGUGUGUGUUUGCUGUUUCCACACAUUUACC